AUGCCAAACAAUUUUGAGUUGAAGACGACAUUGAUUCAAUUUGUAGAGCAACGUGUUUUCUCGGGAAGGCCCACGGAGGAUCCUAAUAGGCACUUAGCUAAAUUCUUGGAGAUUGUCAAUACAACUAAACUUAAUGGGGUUCCCGAAGAUACAAUCAAGCUUAGGCUAUUCCCAUUCUCAUUAUCGGGAUAUGCUAGAGAUUGGUUUGAUAACCUUGAGCCAGGCUCGGUUACAAGUUGGGACGACUUAGUCCAAAAGUUUUUGGAUCGGUUCUUCCCUCUAAGCUCCACUCUCAACCUUCAAGCGGAGAUCUCCCACUUUAAAAUGAAGGGCCAAGAGUCUAUGUUCGAGGUUUGGGAGAAAUUCAACGCCUUGUUAAAGAAAUGUCCCAACCAUGGGCUAUCUCCGGGCCAUCAAGUGAGUCUUCUACAAUGGAUGCUCGAGUUUAUCAAGAGUCAAUUAGACUUUCGCUCGGGGGGAUCAUUCUUGGACAAGGGGGUGGAUGUGUGCAAGAAGAUGCUUCAAAGGCUUGCAUACACUAGCAAGGGUUGGAGCUCGGGUCGAGAUGGUUCAAUGCAGGUAGCUUCGGUCAUUGAUUCGGACGCAUUCAAUCUCCUCAACCAACAAAUGAUGAUUCUCAAUCAAAAGGUGGAUAGCAUUAGUUUGGGGGUGGCACCCAUCGGAGAGCCUCAACUGCUCGUUGAACAUGUCAAUUAUAUACAUCAAGGACGAAACCAAGUGGGUAAUCCAAGGAAUUUCAACAAUUAUCGCCUUGACAAUGGGGGUGGUAAUUAUCAACAAGGCUACCGUCCACCCUUCAAUGCGCAUCCAAACCUCUCAUAUGAAAAUCCAAGUAAUGCUAUCUAA